UUCUGGGCUGAAUCACCAGCUAGAUCAAACCAGCAGCUCCCACCCACCGGCUACUUACAGCGCAACGCCCGACUGAGCUACGUCGUAGUCAUCAUCAUCAUCAUCAUCAUCAUCAAGCUUGAUUUCUUCUGAAACACGCGGAGAAGCAUACGAUACAGAUCAUACACCAGAAAUCUCCAAGUCGUUUUUGUGAAAUUUUGAUUUGUUUUGCGAAUUUGAGCAGAUAGAUAAUGUAUAUUUGAUCACCAGGAGGAGUUUGUUCAUUUACCAGACGAUCUGAUAAGAAACCAGAUCUUAAUUUGGAAUCAAUCAACACGGAUCUGAUCUAUCUGGUUUCGGAUAAUUGAUGGCAGGGGCGGCCUCUGCGCUGUUCCUUCUUGACAUCAAAGGGCGUGUUCUGGUGUGGCGCGACUACCGUGGCGACGUUUCUGCACUUCAGGCCGAACGUUUCUUCACCAAAUUUCUUGAGAAAGAGGGUGAUUCAGAUUCUCAAGAUCCAGUUGUUUAUGAUAAUGGUGUCACGUAUAUGUUCAUACAACACAACAAUGUAUAUCUAAUGACUGCUUCGAGACAGAAUUGUAAUGCUGCCAGUCUUCUUCUAUUUCUACACCGUGUAGUUGAUGUAUUUAAGCAUUACUUUGAGGAGUUGGAAGAGGAAUCGCUUAGAGAUAACUUUGUCGUAGUGUAUGAGUUGCUUGAUGAAAUGAUGGACUUCGGUUACCCUCAAUACACUGAAGCUAAAAUUCUUAGUGAGUUUAUCAAGACUGAUGCAUAUAGGAUGGAAGUUUCACAGAGGCCUCCCAUGGCUGUGACAAAUGCUGUGUCCUGGCGUAGUGAAGGAAUACAUUACAAAAAGAAUGAAGUAUUUUUGGAUGUUGUGGAGAGUGUGAAUAUACUUGUCAACAGUAAUGGACAGAUAGUUAGGUCAGAAGUUGUUGGAGCAUUGAAGAUGCGAACUUAUUUGAGUGGUAUGCCUGAGUGUAAGCUUGGGCUAAAUGAUCGAGUAUUACUGGAGGCACAAGGACGGUCUACUAAGGGGAAAGCCAUUGAUUUGGAUGACAUCAAGUUCCACCAGUGUGUGCGCUUGGCCCGUUUCGAAAAUGAUCGGACAAUAUCCUUUGUACCUCCAGAUGGAGCCUUUGACCUCAUGACAUAUCGACUGAGUACUCAGGUAAAGCCUCUGAUAUGGGUGGAAGCUCAAAUUGAAAGGCAUUCUAGAAGCCGUAUGGAAAUUAUGGUAAAAGCUCGAAGCCAGUUCAAGGAGCGUAGUACUGCGACAAAUGUUGAAAUCGAAUUGCCUGUACCAGCUGAUGCUAUUAACCCAAAUAUUCGGACUUCCAUGGGAUCAGCUGCCUACGCACCAGAAAACGAAGCACUAUGCUGGAAAAUAAAAUCAUUUCCAGGUGGUAAGGAAUACAUGUUGAGAGCAGAGUUUAGUCUUCCCAGCAUAACAGCAGAAGACAUAGUUCCCGAGAGAAAAGCUCCUAUCCGCGUAAAAUUCGAGAUUCCGUAUUUUACAGUUUCAGGAAUACAGGUUCGGUACCUAAAGAUCAUCGAAAAAAGCGGUUAUCAGGCUCUUCCAUGGGUGCGGUAUAUAACGAUGGCGGGGGAAUAUGAACUUAGAGUUAUGUGAGAGCCAUUUUGAACGAGUGUUUUUUGUAUUCAAGUCAUACAGAUUUUGGAACUUGUGGAGAAUUGAAGCCAAUGGCUGUUGUCUAGAUGGGGGUUGUUUUUGUAUUUGUUGUGGCACAAUACGAUGUUGUUUCAUACCAAACAAAAGUUGUAAGUUGUGAUGUUCACCUACAAAACUUCGUUUCAGGGUUCAUUUUGUCCAAACUCUUACUGGUAAUAAACUUUACUGGGUAAGAUGGUAGUCCAUGA